GUCAAGUCUCCUUGACAUUCCAACUCGAUUCCCUAACAAAAAUAGCAUUCAUUUUCCAGCUGUAAUUUGACCAUGAUCAACAUUACAGGAAAGAACAACGUAGAUUUCCCUCAUCGCUGGUUAUAUAUACCUUCAUUCGAAAUGCGCAACUACAAACAACAACAAUUGGUUGCACAUUGUUUGCAAUUUGUUCGACAAAAUACCCAUCAACAAAAUGUCUCCUCUCAACACCGAUGAUUUGCACCGGAUUUUCAAAAAUCUAGACCAAAACGGCGAUGGCUUUUUGAGCCUUACCGAGCUUGAAUCGCUUCUCGAGAGAAUCGGGAUGCAAUCUACGCAGGAUGAGUUGGAGUCCGUAGUGGGAAAGACGAACCUUGAUCUUCUUGACUUUGUGUCGUUGUACGAUGCAAUCGUCAAGCAAAAAAUUGGUGGCGAAAGUCAAGAUGGCGAGGACGACGAUGAGGAACUAGAGAAUGAUCUUGUUGAGGCUUUCAAGGUUUACGAUAAGGACGGGGACGGCUUCAUUUCGCGCGAGGAGCUUGAGAGAGUUUUGACGCAAUUGGGUUUUCUGAACGAGAAUGCCAGCCAAAAUUGCGAGACCAUGAUCGACACGUACGACAUGAAUUCCGACGGGGUGCUUGAUUUUGAAGAAUUCAAGAAGAUGAUGCUGGUGAUCGAGUCUUGAGGCAUUUCUUUCGCGAAGCA